GUGAUACCCAAGCAUCACCGAAGUCCUUUGUUGAUGGUGAUUCACAAAACCUCACUCAGACAUUGUUUGGGUAAAUUGCUACAACAAUAUCAUUUAUUUUCGCAUUUGCUGGGAUUGUGUUGAGGAAGGAUGUAGAGAGAUUCUCGGAGGGACAUUUUAAACCAGCUGUUUGCCGCUGGGAUAAAAUAGAGGCAGACCCGUCAAAGGUAAAGGCGACAGUCAAAAUAGCCCAUGAUAGCACACCCUAUCCCGUACGACUGCCAGACGAGCGAUCAAUAGAGCAAAGCCAACAUUUCGUUUAUGCAGUUUGUGUGCUAAAGUCCGAUAUAAUGCCGUUUUUUCUAUGGCUAUGCUGGGAGAUAAUCCCCGUUCUGCGAAGGAGAUGAAAGCUUUCUCUAGCGGUGGGUGAAACGGUUUGCCAACAACAACGCGUUUUGUUCUCCGUCUAUCAAUUCACUUAUGGUGGAUUCGUUGGUAUAUUUCUGCAAUUUGAAUGAAAAAAAGGCAUAUGUUGUGAUUUGGAGAAACGACGGUUUCCACUCUACACAGCAUCAUGUCCAUAAAAUAUCCCCUCUCAUCUCACGGACCCUCAGCAGGCAGUUUUCUCUCUGUCCUCUGCCUUUUGGCCGCCUCUAUACUGCCUGGAGCACAAGCCUCUUACCUUGAGAGCAGCGAAUGUGUCUCAGGAAAAGGCAAGGGCUGCUUAGGUGAGUAUCAAUGAAUUUACUUUAUCAAUUAACUUUGCCAAAGCAAGCUCUUGUAUGGGAAUAAUUUGUGUUUAUCAGACACACAUCCUGGAGGUCUUUAUCGUCCUUGCUGAAUGGGGGGGGGGGGGGGGGGGGGGGGUUGGUGAGGUGCAUGCAGGGAAGAAUAUCCAUAUUUGAACCCCACCCUGGAUUGUCCUGCUUUCUUUGGUUGGGUUUCAUUAUUAAAUGGUAACAGUCAUUGCUCAGUUUCUUGGUUAGGAGUAAUGACUUUUGUUUAUAUACAACAGUGGUGGAAAAAGUACCCAACUGUCAUACUUGAGUAAAAGUAAAAAUACGUUAAUAGAAAAUGACUCAAGUAAAAGUGAAAGUCACCCAGUAAAAUACUACUUGAGUAAAAGUCUAAAAGUAUUUGGUUUUAAAUAUACUUAAGUAUCCAAUAAAUGUAAUUGCUCAAAUAUACUUAAGUAUCAAAAGUAAAAGUAUAAAUCAUUUCAAAUUCCUUAUAUUAAGCAAAACAGACACGGCACGAUUUUUUGUUUUUAAAUUUACGGAUAGCCAGGGGCACACUCCAACACUCAGACAUCAUUUACAAACGAAGCAUGUGUGUUCAGUGAGUUCGCCAGAUCAGAGGCAGUAGGGAUGACCAGGAAUGUUCUCUGCAUUAGUGCGUGAAUUGGAAAAAUGUCCUGUCCUGCUAAUCAUUCAAAAUGUAACGUGUACUUUUGGGUGUCAGGGAAAAUGUAUGGAGUAAUUAUUAUUUUCUUUAGGAAUGUAGUGAAGUAAAAGUACAAAAAUAUAAAUAGUAAAGUACAGAUACCCCCCAAAAACGACUUAUUAGUACUUUAAAGUAUUUUUUCUCAAGUACUUUACACCACUGGUAUACAGUGUCAUCAUGGGUUAAAUUCAGGGUAAAUUAAUUUUACUCUUUAUACCCAGAAUAUAUAUGGUUGCUAAAAGGUCACAUCUGCUAUGUGGUUUCCUAAGGGGUUCCACCACUUUAGGAUGGAAGCCAACAUUCAGUGUGACUUUGACAGGUUGGCCUAUGUUUGAUGAUAUUUAAGAUGAAUGGAAAUUUAAACACGUUGUGGUUCCACCCUCUCCUUAAUCCCAUAAACCUUGAGUGUCUUCCUCUCAGCUCAGCUGGUAGAGCACGGCGCUUGUAACGCCAAGGUAGUGGGUUCGAUCCCCGGGACCACCCAUACACAAAAAAAAAAAUGUAUGCACGCAUGACUGUAAGUCGCUUUGGAUAAAAGCGUCUGCUAAAUGGCAUAUUAUUAUUAUUAUUAUUCCCAUAACAAGGCCUAUGUAUUGUAUUCAUUCAGUAGGCUACGGUUUCCCCUUUUAUUUAAAAGCAGCCAAUUUAUAACAAAGAGCGAGCUGUCCUGAUAAAGCCAAUUGUUUUCCUCUUGUCAAUCUAUUUGUUUACAUUUGCUGCUUGCCUGAUUAACUUCCGUCAAUAAGCAGGCCAUUCCUUUUCCCCAUGGUCCUGGUUGCUCUUCAAACAACCUAUCAUUGGGUGCUGAUCCCAAACCCCUUAGUAAACCCCAUAGCAGAUGUGACCUUAGCAGAAUGGAAAUAUAAUAACCAUAUAAUUUCUUACCUUUAUUCAGUGCUUAUUUCUUCCAUCGUUUUCAGGUUGAGGCAUGUAGCUGGAUCUAGUGGACCCAAAUGAAAAUGUGGGAUGUGGAUUAAGCUUGACCUGACAUUAGACUACUUCUGAAAAUAUCAGACAACAUUUUCAUUUUAGAGUGAACUGUCCCUUUAAAUACAGUGAAGUGUGGUAUUUCCCAACUGUUACUGAGAAAUACAGAUUUUAUUUCUCAAAGCAUACAUUGAUUGGGUUGAAUUCAGUGGAAGCACGGUUGUUGUUAACCUGCACUGCUAUAAAGAACAAACAUCGAUAAAACAGCCAGAAUUACCUAACUUACAUUACACAUGUGCCUAUAUUGCAGGUCAGGAUCAAUGCUAUUUCAUUAGGGUUUGAUUUAAUUCUAGCUCUGGUCCCACUAUGACUUCUACUGCAGUGUUUUAAAGACUAGUGUUCCUAUACAGUGGUGGUAUUGAUUGAUUACAGAGGACUUUUAGGUCAUGACCCGUAUUUAAUCGGCUAGCUUCGGGACCCCAGGGCGACAGUGACUUUAAUGAGGAAAUGAGCCGUUUGGUCAAUAGUGCUUUAAGUACAGGGUGACUGGGAUCGGGGAUAGCCCCUUUAUAUCGAGACUGUGACCAUUGGUUGAGUAACACACAGAUCUAUUGAGAAGAGGAGGGGAUUGUUAGGAGUGGCUGAUUAUAAUCUUUGGCCUGAAACUACUUUGCCUCCCAUUUGUUCAAAGGUUGGGUUAUUAGACCCUGCGGCGUGUUUACCUGUCUCAACACAAUGGUUUAGUAGUAUAGUGGCUUCCUCUUCUUAAACAUUCUCUAACAGUGGGGAUAAGACAACAUCAAGCGCCUACUGCAUGUUGAAAUAGGUCUUCCCUCAUGGGGACUGCCGAUUUGAGCAGGAGGGAACUUCAGUUCAAACCUCAGUGAAGUAGGAUUCUUCCAUUCCCAUCACCUCUCAUUUUCUCUCUCUUUUUCUCUCUCUUUCCUUCGCUCCCUCUUAUCUCUUUAUUUCUCAUUCUUUCUCUUUCUCUCCAUCCCCCUCUCCAUCCCCCCCUCCGUCUCUCUCCCUCCCUCCCUGUAAAUCUCACAGGCAAGGGUUUUCCAAUGUGCUGCUAGUUGAUAGGAGGGCUGGGUGAUAAUGCUGUUGACCCCGGGAGGAUGUAAAUGGCUGCUGUCGAACCUGCCAGGAAGGCUGGGAAGGCCUUCUCACUCCUCCAUUAGAGCUCUGCGUUAACCUUUCCUCCAGAGUCAAACACUCUCCCUCAGGGUGUCCAUGGACCUAGAGUUGUUCUGGCACAGUAGCACAACAGUCAUUUUGCACACCUACUGUAGCUAGUGAAAAACAGAAUAUAAUACAACUGAAUGUCAACAUGGGAAAUAAAAUCCUCUGUAAGUUCACUUCAUCCAUAAUGUUUUUGACAGUUUACUGUUACUGGUUGAUUAAAGUUAAUCUUGAAGACUCGCAUCGCUGAGGAGUUGUUUUGACCAAAUUCAUUGAUCCGGAUGAUGUAAUCCAAUGUAAUUCCCUACUUAUGACCAGGCUAAUGAUGAACUUAUUCAAACAAUAUUGUGAUGGCAUACCUUACUAUAAUUGCCUUGUAAGCCCACUUAGGCAACCUGAAACCCUAUCAUUCCUAUCAGGAAUGCCUCUCACACAUAAUGUGCUUGAGCUCCUGAUCAAAGAUUAUCAGAUCGGAUUUUACCCUCUUCUCCAAUCUUUUCAAGUCUGUUCUCUGGGUCCCUAUUGAUGGUUAUUGGCUUUGCUUUCCUAUGAUCAUGCAAUGCCAAGGCAUUACUGUGUAAACGAGGACCGACUCGUCCGAAUGACCAGUAGUGGCUAGAUAUCGCAGUCCAGUUAUGCUGGGCAGUGACUGUUGCUCAAUGCACAUUGCACUGACUUUCUCAAUAAACUUGUACAAACGAUGCACAGCUAAGCUCUCUGUACCGGAUCUCUCAUUAGUAGAACCGUUGACGAAGUGAGGCGAUGACUAUUGAUGUCUUGUGGCAAAGGAGUUGGAUGGCUACGUGUUGCUAAUGACCCGGGUCUUCGCUACGUUGACCCGGGUCUUCGCUACAUUGACUCCUCUCUUUUUAGUGCCAUUGAUUUGUCCUUCUCCUUCCUCUGAUAAAUAUCACCCAGUGUGAGAGAGUGAGAGAUGUUCAAGUGUAUGGGCUUUGGUCUUAUACAAGUGUGUCGGAUGGAUGAAAGUCAAUACUGGAAGGUGUAUUCAAGUGGCCGUGAACUCUUAAGUUGUCAGGGCUUUGGUUCAUACUGGAUUUUAGCCUGGAAUCCAAACUGAUUUACUCUGUUUUGUGGUGAAACAGCAUAUAAGUUUGGAUCCCGGGCUAACUGUAUUUUAGGUAAACAAAUGUGUUUCCAGGUAGGCUACACCGUAGGAGGUUUUUCUCGAAGGCUGUAGUUUGGGAAAUAAUUGUGUUUUGAGUUUAACGUUUUCACACACUAUUUGCUCCAAUCUUCAUGUUAUAAAAUGUCUCCCAGGUAGAAAACCAAUGUCACAUAAAUACUAGUACACAACAUAGAAUAUACUAGAUAUUCAUAUGGUUUUACAAAUGGAUCACUAUAAUAAUGGUAUUUCACUGCCAUGCUGAUAAGAACACCUUGUUUUUAACAGAUUUGUCUGAGAAGAAGAGUGACCUGAGAGUGUGUGAUGCUGCAACAUGCCGUUACGGGGGGACCUGUCAAGAGAAUGGGGCUGACCUGAAAUGUGUCUGCCAGUUCCAUGUAAGUAACACAGUGGAAUAUAGGCUAUCAUGUUCUCUGUUGUCAAAUAAGACUGCCAUUACCAUUGCCAUGAGCAUGAGAGCAAGCAGGAAUGGCUUUGCCAAAGCAAAUCAGCUCCUAAAUGUAUGUAGUUCUGUCCUUGAGCUGUUCUUGUCUAUUAAUGUUCUGUAUUAUGUCAGCUUUCAUGUGUUGUGUGGACCCCAGGAAGAGUAGCUGCUACUUUUGCAACAGCUAAUGGGGAUCCUAAUAAAAUACCAAUACCAAGUGAUUUUAAUUUAGGAAAUCUGUUCCAAAGUAUUCCCUCACAUAAUAGAGAGACAUACUGUAUGUGGUCGUAUACAAAUGUAAGCAAGGUUUUAGUCAAAUAUUAUAUCUGUUUGGGCUUCUUGCAGUCAAUUUGCAGUCUACAAAUUAUUUGUAAUUUAGUUCUGGCCCCCUGACUAUCUGCACAAGAAAAAAGAAAGAAAUGUCCCGUGGCUGAAUCUAGUUGAUGAUCCCUGGUCUAGGCUAUGAUGGUUCAGUAACAUCCUUCCAUUGCCCGUUGUGUCUUAGUGCUCUAAGAAGUACAUCCCUGUUUGUGGGUCCAAUGGAGACACCUAUCAGAACGAGUGCUUCUUGAGGAGAGCAGCGUGCAAGCAGCAGAAGUCCAUAUCACAGGUCUCUGAAGGGGCCUGCUAUACAGGUGAGUCUUAGUCGCAGGCUGCACACUUUCACUCAAGAGAGUACAGAAUCACCUUCAUGGAGCACCUUUUUUAUCACUUGAUUCUGUCCCUAGUCAUUUUGUUAUUAAUAAUUUUAGACCAAGCUGAAGCUAACUCAUUUUCUAUGCUGUAACACACAGAUGGCAGUUCUGGAUCAGGCGACGGAGGUACAGUGUCAUAACUUCGUCUUGCUUCACUUUAAUACAUUUGACUUGCCAACCCAUGUUAUAGUGUUACAGUAAAAGCUGGUUAAACAUAGCCUGCUUAAACAAAAGCUUUGCAGAUCCAAACACUAAUAGAACAAUAUUAACUCUGUUGACAGCUACCAUUAACACAUUUUUGAAAUACUCUCCUUUUCUACAGAUGAUGAAGGAUCAGGCACAGGCAGAGGGAAAAAGCCCACAAAAUGCGUCAACUGCAAGUUUGGAGCAGAAUGCGAUGUGGACUCUGAGGAUGUAUUGUGAGUACUUUCCACUGCAGCUAUUGUGCUCUCAGUAGUCCUAAGGAGGACUCGUCUUCAUCAGCUAUUGUGCUCUCAGUAGUCUCUAAGGAGGACUCGUCUUCAUCAGCUAUUGUGCUCUCAGUAGUCUCUGAAAGGAGUACUCGUCUUCAUCAGCUAUUGUGCUCUCAGUAGUCUCUGAAAGGAGGACUCGUCUUCAUCAGCUAUUGUGCUCUCAGUAGUCUCUGAAAGGAGGACUCGUCUUCAUCUGGAUCCCAAUAAGCUGACGCCUUAGCGACCGCUAGUCCUUCAUAGAUAUCUUCGCUUAUUUUCUCCAUAUACUGGGGUCCUGGGUUGUCCCAUUCGAUUCAAAUUGAUUGAUGGUGUAUGUUUAGCACUGUUAAUGAACACAGUGUUAAUACAAUGUUCAUUAAACAGAUGUUUAUUAUAAAUGUUUUCUUCGACACCCAGGUGUAUGUGUAACAUUGACUGCAGUGGCCAUAAUGACAACCCGGUGUGUGGAACAGAUGGAAAAUCCUACAUGACCCCCUGUCACGUAAGAGAGGCUUCGUGCUUGAAGCAGGUGAAGAUUGAUGUGAAGCAUCUAGGGAGGUGUCCAGGUAAUGCCACGUUUUAAUCUUAAAAUGUAAUUUAGAAACAUGUCAUUUUAUGCCCUAUGUACUGUAUUUACACUGCGUUCUGGGGAAAAACAUUGGAUUGUGGCUUUCGAUGGAUUAGAUUUAUUAUUCACUAUCUCAGGGAAAUAAAAUAAAUCACAAUUUCAUAUUUGACUGAGAUUAUUGAUGUAGUGAUGAGGGGAUCCUGCUGUAAUGCAACAUCCUACUUAGUAGUUGAGUACAGUGUCCUAGAUAUCCUCCCCUGCAUGGGUUCCUGGUGCCAGUCCUGAUAUUCCUGAUAUGUGCUGUGUUUAUAUAAGCAUCCCACCCACCAGUCUUAACUUUCCUCUACAUCUAUAUCACUUUAUACUGGCAGUGACCUAUAUGAUGGCUAGUUAAUGUCAAACUCUGAUGUUUCUGUUGUGAACACAUUCAGAACAAUAUGAUGCCCACCCCAAUUGGUUGAUUGAUUCUCACUAUGACUAUGCAGUGUGCUGUUCGGUGAUGACUGAGACUAUUAGGUUUGUCCCGACAUACAACAUAUUUCUACAGUGCAUCAAAAGACUUGAGAUUCUUCUUUCAAAUGUAGACUACACUGUGGACAUGACCUCAAUCUGGAUGCACACAAUUGGGAUUUGGGGCACAUUAUAAUGACCAAGGGGCAACCAGCUGGUCAGAGAACUACAAAUAUGUUUCUCCUCUCUUACCAGAACAUCUGUUUAAAGCCAUAAAAAAAAUGUAGUUCUCCAUUUGAGGGCAAAGAUGUACUACCCCAAAUGUGGCCCUGUUUUAUAAACGUCUCAAAAUCUAGUUCUAAAAAGAGUAGGGCUAAAAUAUCUAUUUACAUAAAUAAUCUAUAUAUUUUUUUGUUUCACCAAAUAUUACAUGAACUUGAAUACCUUUUUCAAAAUGCAGUAGAAUACAUCCCACCCUGGAAAUCUGAUAACUAGUUAUGGAUGUUCCAAUAUUCCUGUAAUGGGAUUCCUAUAAUUUCACAUUACUAAUGUAAGUCAUUCUGGAUAAGAGCGUCUGCUAAAUGACCAUGGUGAUAUUAUUUGUAACCAUGGUGAUAUUACAUUCAUUCUCAGAGUAAUUGUUGUGCAUGUUCUGAGAUGUUUUUUAACAACAUUUGUCAUGUGACCCUAUGUACGUGUCUAUCUCUUAAAUCAGUUUUGAGGCAUUUCUGCUGACGGUGCAGUUGGCCAAUUCUUGCAGGAGGGCCAUUAAAUGUAGUGAAGCAUGCCUGUGUGUCACCCUACAUCUCAACAGGCCAAAUUGCCCUCAAGUUAAACCCAGUCACUCGCCACUUAUCUAUAAUUUAUUUCAUUUUGUAAUGCAAAUGAACAUUGCAAAGGCAUGCACGUAUUACAAUAACUGUCUGUCAGAGUAAUGUUACCAACAGCCUCGUGCUUCGACUGGCCCAAAUAGAAACCUGUUAUACCCCUCACAUUGUAUCUAUGGUCAUCUUAUUGUUGUAUAUCAGAAAUGUGCAUCCUAAACAGUACCGUCGGUUAUAAAAAUGGUAGGUAUCUUACUUGUACAAAAUCUACAUCAUAUAACUAACAUUCAACUGGUUUGUUGAUUAACCAAAUGUAUUUUAAUGAGGCCGUGUCAGAAUGCUAGGUUACUGCUAUUUUUACUUGGGAUAUUAACUAUAUUACAGCAGAAAUAGUAUUUAUAGUCCGUCCUUGAGGUGGAGCAGAAAUGUGUGUAAAAUACUAUGACAGCUUUUCCUCUCUAUCAUGCCACAGCUUGCUCCAGAAGUGGGGGCACUUUUCAAGCCGUGGUACGCUCUGGUAACUAGGGCUCUCUUAGAACAUGGAGCUGGAACACUAUUUCCCAGAGUCCCUCCAAUUCCAUUUAUUUUCAGCUUCUUACAGUUGAAAAACUAUUUUUAAGCAAGAUCUAGCCUAAAUAAUUCUUUCACAUUUAAAAUGCUGCUGUCUGUAGCUACUGAAAGGAUGGCUUGCUCAGAAAAAUAUGUUUUGAUUUAGCCAAAAUACUUUUUUUUUAGCCGAUUUGUAAUAUUGGGAAAUUUCUGUCUUGCACUCAGAUAUUUAUCUUGUUUUUAGAAAAGGGGAAGAAGAAAGACGAAGACGAUGGUAGCAACAGCAAGACUGAUCUUUUUGGUAUGGCUGCUCCCUUUUACCCCACUCUGUUAUGAUGUUGUUAUGGUAGUUGAUUUAUCUCAGACCAUGGUUCAUGUUGUCUAUAUGGAAAUAAUGCUGUUAUACUAUUACAUCUCUACAAAGCAUAUUUCUGCUCUGUGAUAAAUGUCAUUUAUAUUUGAAUUGCAACUGAGGACAAGGCCUAGCGCGCUCUUUAAUAUUUAUAUCAUCCAUAUUAAUAUCUGUGAUUUCUGGAUACCUUUAAAGACACGGCAGACAUAGGGGAGGAUAGAGCUUAUGGAGGGAUCCCCACCCUCUGCACAGAGGACUACGCCAACUUCUGUGAACACGGCCAAUGUGAAAUCAAGUAUAGCAUCCCCACCUGCCGGUAAGAAAACAUGGUGUCUCAUUGUCUUACAUACCUGUGUAUGCUGUGUUUAAUCUCUUUUUGUCCUAAUUCAUAGAUAAUUACUGUGUAAUUACCAUCUCACCAUGUAAUUUCUUAGUAAACACCUGGUAAUUUCUGUAUCAUGAAAUUAAGUGCUAGCGGUUUGGUUGUCUCCCCAGGUGUGACUCGGGCUACACUGGCCAGCAGUGUGAGGAGAUCCAAGACUUCAACAUCCUGUACGUGGUGCCCAGUGGACAGAAACUCCACUAUGUUCUCAUAGCAGCCGUCAUCGGAGCCGUACAGAUCGCCAUUAUUGUUGCCGUUGUCAUGUGUUUCACAAGGUGGGUGUGCUCUCCAAAGUGACCUAUCUGAUCUUAUUAGCACAUUUCUGAUAAGCAGAUUAAAAUGUUCUAUCUUUUAUAAGCCAUUUUUUGUAAACAACAUGCAGUAGCAUAAAUGAGUAAGUCUUAUGGAAGAUGCUAUGCCAAAUGUAACAAUGUUUGUCAUUUGACAAAAGGUAGUGACUAUAAAAGGUGUAGUGUAUGUAUACGUUGCUAUACAAAUGUAUACAAUCAUAAUUGAUUUAAUAUUUUUCAAGCUAAUUUCUAGUGCUGAGUAAUGUGUUUUGUGAGGCAUUCAAAAAUUACAGUUUGAUGUUAUUCUGUUGUCUUUUUUUUAAUAGGAGGUGUCCCAAAACCCAGAGGGGACGAAGACAACAGCAACACCUUGGACACUUUCCCUCCGGGACUUCAUCCAGGAUGAUGUAGCUGUUUUUUAAAUGCAUUUUUGCACCACAUGGAUCACAUUUUAAUAUCUGUUGUUUUGUCUCCUUUAUUUUGAAUGGAUGUUUAUUUAUUUAUUUUCUCUAAUGGGGCCUUGUUUUUCUCUCCCUUCUGGACAUAUGCAGCUCUUGCUGCUUUUUGUCAGACUGCUGCAUUAUUUCUUUUCUCAGACGGGCAGAAAAAGGACAGCCAUUCUACCCUGAUCAUCCAUUGUUUGCAAGGUGGUAGUGGUAGCUUUAGAUAUACAAACCUUGGACACCUAGGGACCGGACUCAUGCUAUUUAUCAGCGGCACCGACUUUGUCUCAGUACCUUUUCUUUUUUUUUACGAAAUACAACUAUAUACCAAAUGCAGUUUUCUAUAAAUGAGGUAUAAGCUGAUGUGUACAGUUUGUUUUGGUUAUUUUUCAAUAUACCAUUUAAGGGAUGGAACAAUUUUUUGGACUAGGUACUAAUUUAAAUGUUUUUAUAUAUAAUUUGUUUGUUUUUUAUGUUCUAAUGUUGUUUGUAUUAUUGCUAAUGAAAUAGUUGUAAACAGAUUUUAUUGUAGAUCUUGCAUAUAGCAUGAGCUGUGAAAAUGUGUUUAGUGAUGUAGUUUUAGUAUAAUUAAAUUAUCUGUGUUUCAAACGCUCGUGUUGCCUUCAUAUUAUUAUGACUAGUUCAAUGACAGAGCCAAAAUAAUUUUCAGAGAAUAAUUUAUCACAAUGUUAAAAUUGUUAUGGAAGAAAAGGCGUAUUCAUAUGAUGUUAUUGUAAAAAUAAAUACACUGGUUUUAUUGCAGUUCUUGAUUUACUUUGUUAAAU